UUUGUAGCUCGCUUAUCCCGGUGGAGUUGCAUGAGGGGAUUGGCAGUCCAGAACGGCUGUCAUUGCCAUGGAUUUCCUGUCCACUCUCGCCUGGCUUUAAGCGCCUUAAGAGCCAUUAAUGCCGGGCCUUUUGGUAUCUGAGGCAGAAAUAGAUCAAAAGUCAGACCCACACACACGACGGACCAGAUGAACUGGGACAGGGUCAAGGAUUGGGACAAAGGCGAAGAUGGCGAUGGCGAUGGAGCUGGCAGUCCGUCCCGUUGGUGGCACAUUUUUAUUGGUCAUUAGUGCGAGCCUCUAUCGGCAUUCGUAAGCAUUUACACAUCGUUAAACUUUCAUUUCCGGCAAAUUAAGCGCAUUUUAUGUACCUUCUCCGUUCGGUCGCCCUCAGCUGCCCACCGCCUCCUCCUCCUCCUCCUCCUCAUCCUACCCUGCUGUUUGGGGUCACCCGUUGGUCGGUGUCAGCAGAAUGACCACAACAAGCGGACACUGAGAGAAAAUCAGAGGCCGUGUGAAUACACAAAAUGAACACAGCUUUUGAUUAGCACUAUAUAAUCUUGCUAGAAUGGGAAGGUUUAAAACCAUGUUUGCAAUGCAUUCCCUACCAUUUUUUCUGAGUGCAGGAAAGCUGCCCGACUAGGCUCGUGCUGAUGUCCCGGACUUAAGCAUAUUUAAUGGAGGGCAAGCAAAUGGGCGCCGCCCCGGGCGUGUCCCUUUCAUUGUUUGUCUUUCAAUCGAAAGUCAAUAGCAAGGCUGCGUGGAGGAGUAUAAAAGGUCCGUCAUUGGGAAGCCGUAUGACUUUCCUCGAUCGCACGAUGUCGUUUUGGGCAGUGAGUCGUGGCCUAACGCCGCCUUCGAAGGUAGUGCCGAUGCUGAAUCCCAACCAACGCCAGUUUCUGGAGGACGAGGUGCGCUAUCGGGAGAAACUGAAGCUGAUGGCUCGGGGUGAUGCCAUGGAGGAGGUGUACGUGCGCAAGCAGGAAACUGUUGACGAUCCGCUGGAACUGGACAAGCACGAUUCCUUCUACCAGACCACCAAGAGCCUCCUCGUGCUUUUCCAGAUAAUGGGCGUAAUGCCCAUUCACCGCAAUCCGCCCGAGAAGAACCUGCCUAGAACGGGCUACUCCUGGGGCUCCAAGCAGGUCAUGUGGGCCAUCUUCAUCUACAGCUGCCAGACGACCAUUGUUGUUCUGGUGCUGCGUGAGCGCGUGAAAAAAUUCGUCACCAGCCCGGACAAGCGCUUCGAUGAGGCCAUCUACAAUGUCAUUUUCAUCAGUCUGCUCUUCACCAACUUUCUGCUCCCGGUGGCCAGCUGGCGGCACGGUCCCCAGGUGGCUAUCUUCAAGAACAUGUGGACCAACUACCAGUAUAAGUUCUUCAAAACUACCGGCUCGCCGAUCGUCUUUCCGAAUCUCUACCCACUCACCUGGUCGCUGUGCGUCUUCUCCUGGCUCCUAAGCAUCGCCAUCAACCUGUCGCAGUACUUCCUGCAGCCGGACUUCCGGCUGUGGUACACAUUCGCCUACUACCCCAUCAUCGCCAUGCUCAACUGCUUCUGCAGCUUGUGGUACAUCAACUGCAAUGCAUUCGGAACUGCAAGUCGCGCUCUUUCCGACGCUCUGCAGACAACCAUCCGGGGCGAGAAGCCCGCCCAAAAACUCACUGAGUACCGCCAUCUAUGGGUGGAUCUGAGCCACAUGAUGCAGCAGCUGGGACGAGCUUACUCCAACAUGUACGGCAUGUACUGUCUAGUCAUCUUCUUCACAACGAUCAUCGCCACUUACGGCAGCAUCAGCGAAAUCAUCGACCACGGGGCAACCUACAAGGAGGUGGGUCUGUUCGUCAUCGUGUUCUACUGCAUGGGUCUGCUGUACAUUAUCUGCAACGAGGCGCACUACGCCUCCCGAAAGGUCGGACUUGACUUCCAGACGAAGCUGCUCAAUAUCAACCUGACUGCCGUGGACGCUGCCACCCAGAAGGAAGUGGAGAUGCUGCUUGUGGCCAUAAACAAGAACCCGCCCAUCAUGAAUCUGGACGGGUAUGCAAACAUCAACCGCGAGCUGAUCACGACCAACAUCUCGUUCAUGGCCACCUACCUCGUGGUCCUGCUGCAGUUUAAGAUCACGGAGCAGAGACGCAUUGGUCAGCAGCAGGCCUAGUUUCCUAUAAAAUGAUUCUCGCCAAGCUGGGCCAAAUAUAAUAUGCUUUCGGUUUCAAUGU